AUGGGCGAGUCGAUCCCGCUGGGCGCCCCGGUGCCGCUGGAGCAGGCCGUGCUGGAGACGUUCUUCUCCCACCUGGGCAUCUUCUCGUACGACAAGGCCAAGGACAAUGUGGAGAAGGAGCGGGAGGCCAACAAGAGCGCGGGAGCCAGCUGGCUCUCCCUGCUGGCCGGGCUGGCGCACCUGGCCGCCGCCGAGAAGGCCUAUCACAGCAUGACCUUCCUGGGCCAGAAGCUAGGUGGUCAGUCAUUCUUCAGCCGAAAGGACUCCAUCCGAACCAUCUACACAUCUCUGCACAAUGAGCUGAAGAAGGUGGUGGCGACGGGUCGCAAUGCACUAGGAGGAACAGCUCCUCACUUGGAAGAGCUGCUUUCUCACCUGUCUGAACAGCUCUGUUUUUUUGUUCAGGCUCGGAUGGAAAUUGCUGACUUCUAUGAAAAAAUGUUCACCCUCAGCACCCAAAAGUUCAUUAACUCUGAGGAACUCGUAAACAUUUUGGAAUCCAUCCUAAAGAAAUACAGCUCAAGAUUUCACCAUCCAAUCCUCAGUCCUCUUGAAAGCAGCUUCCAGCUGGAAGUAGAUGUGCUUGCACAUCUUUUAAAGGCUCAGGCUCAGAUCUCAGAGUGGAAGUUUCUCCCAUCCCUAGUCAACUUGCACAGUGCUCAUACAAAGCUGCAGACGUGGGGCCAAAUUUUUGAGAAACAGCGAGAGACCAAGAAACAUCUGUUUGGAGGGCAGUCUCAGAAGGCUGUACAACCACCACACCUUUUCCUCUGGUUGCUGAAACUCAAAAACAUUCUCCUUGCCAAGUUUAGCUUUUACUUUCAUGAGGCCCUCAGUCGACAAACAACUGCAUCCGAAAUGAAAACGUUGACUGCUAAAACUAACCCUGAUUAUUUUGGGAAAAUUUCCAGCUUCAUCAGGAAAUAUGACGCGGUUAAUGUUUCUCUUAUCUUUGACAACCGUGGGUCAGAGAGCUUCCAGGGACAUGGCUACCAUCAUCCCCACUCUUACAGGGAAGCCCCAAAGGGGGUGGAUCAAUACCCAGCUGUGGUCUCUCUGCCCAGUGACAGGCCUGUAAUGCACUGGCCCAAUGUAAUCAUGAUUAUGACUGACAGAACCGCUGACCUCAACAGUUUGGACAAGGUUGUUCAUUUCUAUGAUGACAAAGUCCAAAGCACGUACUUUCUGACACGCCCUGAACCUCAUUUUACCAUUGUAGUUAUUUUUGAGGCUAAGAAAUCAGAGAGGGACUCACAUUUCAUCUCUUUUCUCAAUGAAAUCUCACAUUCCCUCAAGAACUCCAAAGCUUUUGCAGGCCUAAAGCCGGGAUCCAAAGGAUAAAAUAAAUAUUGAGUUGCAGAUUGCAAGGCCAUACAUUAGACUGGAAAAAAUAAAUAUUCUCGCUUUCAAGGAGUACAUUC